AUGCAGAAAGAGGGGUUCACACCAAGCCGACUGGCGCUAGCUGAUUAUCCGAUAUCCUGGGGCCAUAUGGACUAUAUGAGGCAUGUAAACAAUGUCCAAUACCUCAGAUUCUUCGAGUCUGCACGGAUCAAUGCGUUUAAUGACUGGGAAAAGGAGGCACUGGAUACUCAGCAAUUCAUGUCGGGGGUUGGAAUUGGCCCUAUUAUGCGAUCCUGCGAAUUAGCAUGGAGAUAUCCAAUGAGGUAUCCGGAUACCAUCUCGGUCGCUUAUAAGGUCAGCUGGAUCGGCGAAGACCGUUUCGGACUGAAAGGCAUUAUCAUAAGCCAUAACGCUCGUAAAGUGGCUGCCCGCAUCGACGAAGUCCUAGUCACGGUCAACUAUGACGACGGCGGCACGUAUAAAGUCCAAGUACCGGAGCCGUGGCAACAAAUUCUCAAUAACAGUCUUGAGGAAAACAAACCGUAUGUUGAGCAGUAG